CACCGUUUUACAAACCCUAAGCAGAGCUCCUCCAGGCUCCAGCAAACCAACCAAACCCCCCGAAGCCUCUCACCAGUUGCCUCUCACCUCCUCCAUCAACACAAAACCUUCAUCGAUUCACGGGAUAAACCACCCACUAUCAUGAGCCGCGAUGCCCUCUGCCACCAAAAAGACGGCGGCUAAAUCAGAUCCACCACAACGAGAAAAUUCAGAGGAAAUUCUCUCUGUAAACCAGAAGAAUGGAAUUCAACUCCAAAGAAGGCGCCCAGAGAAAGAGAAAAAAGGCACUUGAAGCUCCUAAAGAACCUCGACGCCCUAAAACUCAUUGGGAUCAUGUUUUAGAGGAGAUGGUUUGGUUGUCAAAGGACUUUGAGUCCGAGAGGAAAUGGAAAUUGGCUCAGGCAAAGAAGGUUGCUUUGAGAGCCAGCAAGGGAAUGUUGGAUCAGGCCACCAGGGAAGAAAAGAAAUUGAAGGAAGAGGAACAGCGUUUGCGAAAAGUUGCACUCAAUAUUUCAAAAGAUGUGAAGAAGUUCUGGAUUAAAAUAGAGAAGCUGGUACUUUACAAGCAUCAGAUGGAGCUUGAUGAAAAAAAGAAGAAGGCGCUUGAUAAACAGCUGGAGUUCCUUCUAGGACAAACUGAGAGGUACUCUACCAUGUUAGCAGAAAAUCUAGUAGACAAACCUCUGCUGCAAUGUCCUGCACAGAAUCAUCAAAGUAUUCGAAAUGAGGGAGGAGAGAAAAAUGAUCCUAAGGAAGAACCAAUAGAAUUAACUGAUGUUGUGCCAGAGCCUCAGUUGGAUACUGGAGACAAUGAUGAUGAUUAUGAUAUGCAAUCAGAUGAAUCAGAAGAUGAUGAGCAUACUAUUGAGGAAGAUGAAGCUCUGAUAACUGAAGAGGAAAGGCAAGAAGAAUUAGCUGCUUUGCACAAUGAAAUUGAUAUGCCAAUUGAGGAGCUUCUUAAACGUUAUGCUGUGGGGAGAGUUAGUAGAGAAAAUACUCCAGAAAAGGGUGAAAAUGGAGCUGACCUAACAGUUCAAGGGGGAGAUCGUGCUGAGAGCAGCAAAGAUAUAUCUGCUUCCACCGACACUGAAAUGAGCAGCUCACCUAGUAUUACUGGUCGUCGUUGUGUUGAAGAUGAUAUUUCCUUGCUCAUGGAGGAAAACCAUCUAUCAGAAACUAAGACAGGUGAAACUGGAAAUCAGUCAAAUACUGUUGGUGAGCCUGCUAAAGAGCAUAUGCCAUAUGAUUUCAAUGAUGAACUGGAAGAUGGUGAUUUUAUUCUUGCUAAUGGAGAAGAAAAGGAUGAUGAGACAACAUUGUUGGAGGAGGAAGAAUUGGCAAAAGCUGAUCCAGACAAUACCAUAGAUGAGAUCUCUUUGCUGCAAAAGGAGAGUGAAAUUCCUCUAGAAGAAUUGCUUGCAAGGUAUAAAAAGGGAUUCAACACUGAAGUUUCAGAGGAUGAAUCUGAAUAUACCUCUGCUUUAUCAGACAACUUGUUGGACUCCCCAAACCAUAAAGACGUUGAACUGAAAGAGCAGGUUGUAUCUAUGGAUAAAAAUGUCGAACUGACUGAAUCCUUACCAGUUUCACAUCAUCUUAUAAAGGAACAAGAAGCAGGAAGCGAGAAAACUGCAGAAGAAGGAAAUGAGAGUGAGAAUAGAAUUGCUGAUGCUGCUGCUGCUGCAAGAUCUGCACAGCCAACUGGAAAUACAUUCUCAACAACAAAAGUGCGUACAAAGUUCCCUUUUCUUCUUAAGUACCCCCUUCGUGAGUAUCAACAUAUUGGCCUGGAUUGGCUUGUAACUAUGUAUGAGAAAAGGUUAAAUGGGAUUCUAGCUGAUGAAAUGGGUCUUGGAAAGACCAUCAUGACUAUUUCAUUGCUUGCACAUCUGGCAUGUGAAAAGGGAAUAUGGGGUCCGCAUCUAAUUGUGGUUCCAACAAGUGUAAUGCUUAACUGGGAAACAGAAUUUCUGAAAUGGUGUCCAGCUUUUAAGAUUCUCACUUACUUUGGUAGUGCGAAAGAACGUAAAUUAAAGAGGCAAGGUUGGUUGAAACCAAACUUCUUCCAUGUAUGCAUUACCACUUACAGGUUGGUCAUACAGGAUUCAAAAGUAUUCAAGAGGAAGAAGUGGAAGUACUUGAUUUUGGAUGAAGCUCAUCUGAUAAAAAAUUGGAAGUCCCAGAGAUGGCAAACUCUUCUCAACUUCAAUUCAAAACGACGAAUCUUAUUGACUGGUACUCCCUUGCAGAAUGAUCUCAUGGAACUGUGGUCUUUAAUGCAUUUCUUGAUGCCCCACAUCUUUCAGUCUCAUCAGGAGUUCAAGGAUUGGUUCAGUAAUCCCAUAUCAGGGAUGGUGGAGGGACAAGAAAGAGUGAACAAAGAAGUUGUUGAUCGCCUGCAUAAUGUUCUUCGACCAUUUAUACUUCGGCGCCUGAAAAGGGAUGUGGAGAAGCAGCUUCCUAUGAAACAUGAGCAUGUCAUCUAUUGUAGACUUUCAAAAAGGCAGCGAAACUUGUAUGAGGACUUCAUUGCUAGCUCAGAGACGCAAGCUACCCUCGCUAGUGCUAACUUUUUUGGGAUGAUUAGCAUUAUAAUGCAACUUCGUAAGGUGUGCAAUCAUCCUGACUUAUUUGAGGGUCGUCCAAUUAUCAGUUCUUUUGACAUGGCUGGUUUAGAUAUCCAGUUGAGUUCUUCCAUAUGUUCGAUGCUUUCUCCUAGCCCAUUUUCAACUGUAGACCUUUGCAGUUUAGGGCUCUUUUUUACUCAUCUUGAUUUUUACAUGACUUCUUGGGAGUAUGAUGCAGUAAAUGCUAUUGCUACUCCUUCAAGAUUGAUCGAAGAGCGUGCCAAUCGAGAUAGCAUCGAAGAAAUUGGGCCUCAAUCUAAACACUGGAAGAAGUUGCCUGGCACAAAUAUUUUUGAACAGAUUCAAAAGGCAGUGUUUGAGGAGAGACUAAGAGAAAUGAAGGAACGGGCAGCAUCUAUUGCAUGGUGGAAUUCCUUGAGGUGUCGGAAGAAACCUAUGUAUCCAACAACGUUACAAGAACUUCUUACCAUUAAAAUUCCAGUUGAUGAUAUUCACCGCCAAAAGGUUGAUCAACGGUCCUAUUUGUACUCCUCUAAGCUUGGUGAUGUUAUUCUUUCACCAGUUGAACGCUUCCAGAGGAUGAUUAAUCUUGUUGAGUCAUUUAUGUUUGCUAUACCUGCAGCACGUGCUCCAGUACCUGUUUGUUGGUGUAGUAAAACAGGAACUUCCAUUUUUCUUCAUCCAAGUUAUAAGGAUAAGUGCUCUGAAAUGCUGUUGCCUCUUCUUUCACCUAUUAGACCUGCAAUUGUGAGGAGGCAAGUGUAUUUUCCAGACAGGCGACUUAUACAGUUUGACUGUGGAAAGUUGCAGGAACUUGCAUUUUUGCUUAGGAAGUUAAAAUCAGAAGGUCACCGGGCAUUGAUAUUCACCCAGAUGACCAAGAUGCUUGAUAUAUUGGAGGCUUUUAUAAAUUUGUAUGGUUACACUUACAUGCGUUUAGAUGGAUCCACUCAACCUGAGGAAAGACAAACAUUGAUGCAACGAUUUAACACAAAUCCCAAGAUUUUUCUCUUCAUUUUGUCAACCCGUAGCGGGGGAGUUGGCAUCAAUCUUUUUGGAGCAGAUACAGUUAUCUUUUAUGAUAGUGACUGGAACCCUGCGAUGGAUCAACAAGCUCAGGAUCGCUGCCAUCGGAUAGGGCAGACACGUGAAGUACAUAUCUAUAGGUUAAUCAGUGAGAGCACUAUUGAAGAAAAUAUAUUAAAGAAAGCCAAUCAGAAACGUGCUCUUGAUGAUCUAGUCAUACAGAGUGGAGGCUACAACACUGAGUUUUUCAAGAAGCUUGAUCCUAUGGAAUUGUUCUCUGGUCAUAAAGCUCUUCCGAUAAAGAAUGUACCAAAAGAGAAGAGUCAUAGUCAUGGGAAUGAGGUUUCUGUGUCUAAUGCAGAUGUGGAGGCUGCUUUAAAAUAUGCAGAAGAUGAAGCAGAUUAUAUGGCAUUGAAAAAAGUUGAGCUGGAAGAAGCUGUUGACAAUCAGGAGUUUACAGAAGCCAUUGGGAGAUUGGAAGAUGAUGAGCUUGUUAAUGAUGAUGAUAAGACUGAUGAGCCAGCAGAUAUGGAGGUGGUAACUCAAAAUAAAGACAAUGGCGUAAACUUAAAUGUGAAAGAUCCAAUUGAAGAAAGGAAUCUAACUCUUGCUGCCAAUGAAGAUGAUGUGGACAUGCUCGAUGAUGUCAAACAGAUGGCUGCAGCAGCAGCAGCUGCUGGACAGGCUAUCUCAACCUUGGAGAAUCAGCUACGUCCCAUUGACAGAUAUGCAAUACGUUUUCUGGAAUUGUGGGACCCAAUCAUAGACAAAGCAGCGAUGGAUUCUGAAGUUAGGUUUGAGGAGGCGGAAUGGGAACUUGAUCGUAUUGAGAAAUACAAAGAGGAAAUGGAAGCUGAUAUUGAUGAUGAUGAGGAACCAUUAGUAUAUGAAAGAUGGGAUGCUGAUUUUGCAACUGAGGCGUACAGACAGCAAGUUGAGGCCCUAGCUCAGCAUCAGUUACAAGAAGAGCUGGAAGCUGAAGCUAAUGAAAAGGAAGACACAGAUGAUGGGUACUGUGACACUACAGCCAGGAAUGACAUGGCUAGCAAACCCAAACAGAAGUCCAAAAAGAAACCAAAGAAGGCCAAGUUUAGAUCUUUGAAGAAAGGAUCUCUCACUGCUGAAUUGAAACAUGUGAAAGAGGAGCCAUCAAUGGAAACCAUAUCCAUUGAUGAUGGAAUAUAUCACGAUGAGGUUACUUACGCGGACAUGAUGUCUCAAUAUUCAGGAUUGCUGAAGAAACGUAAGAAAGUUGAAACAAUUGGUGUUGAAGCGGGAAAGAGCUCCAAGAAGAAAUUGAAGAAAUCAAAGAAGACUCCUGAAAUAUGCCCUUCAGAUCUAGAUUCAAACUUGUCUGGGAAGCAGCAAGAUGAUUCUAUGGAAUUCAAACCAUGUGAGAAUGCAGUUACUGAUCUGGAGCAGAAACCAGCUGGUAGAAGUAAAAUGGGUGGAAGGAUCUCCAUCACGGCCAUGCCAGUGAAGCGGGUCCUAAUGAUUAAACCAGAGAAGUUAAAGAAGGGGAAUGUUUGGUCAAGAGAUUGUGUUCCAUCACCUGAUUCAUGGCUACCCCAGGAAGAUGCAAUAUUAUGUGCUAUUGUGCACGAAUAUGGCCCUCAAUGGAGCUUGGUUAGUGAAACUUUGUAUGGGAUGACUGCUGGCGGGUUUUAUAGGGGAAGAUAUCGUCAUCCAGUUCAUUGUUGUGAGAGAUUCAGGGAACUGAUUGUAAGAUAUGUUUUGUCUGCCCCAGAAAAUCCUAUUAAUGAAAAGAUGGGUAAUACAGGCUCUGGAAAGGCACUUCUCAAAGUAACUGAGGAUAAUAUUCAGUUGCUGUUAAAUGUUGCUAUGGAGCAGCCAGACACUGAGUUGCUGCUCCAGAAGCACUUCACCGCCCUUCUUUCUUCAGUCUGGAGGACAACAUCACGUAGUGACCGCCAACAAAACCUUUCAUCAUCUAGAAAUGGCCUUUAUUCUGGCAGAAGGCGUUUCAGUGCAUUCAAUCAGAUAUCUUGGAAUUCAAUGGAAGAGCCUGCAAAAAGAAUGAAGUUCAAUAAUGUAGCACAGGGUGGCAAGUUGUUGGCAGCUGCGCUCCAUGAAUCCCACUGUAGGUCCAUGGAUGAGGCGAUCUCCAGUCCUAAUCAGAUGGAAGAUGUUUCUUCAGUUUCUGAACAGGUUGAAGUAACUCUGGAGUUUGGAAAGGAGGAAGAUGAUACCUUGAUUCCAUUGCCACGUGUCAUAAAUCUGUCGAUACCAAUCUCAGGCUCGCAAAGUUUCAUAAACAAGGAUGUGAGAGGAGAACAUCAUCUUAAAGCUUCCACAAUUGUGGCCGAGAGUCGAUUCAUGGAUGCAGCAAAAGCUUGUGUUGAAGGCAGUCUGGGUUGGGCUUCAUCUGCAUUCCCAGCAAAUGAUGUCAAACUACGAGCAACUUCCAAACCACAGACCUUGGGAAAGCACAAGUUGUCCGUCUCUGAUUCAGUAAAGCCACCUAGAUCAAAACUGAAGAAAACUUCAGAGUUCAGUGAGAUGCACCAUCUAUUUGCUGAGCCAGUAUUACAAUCACCAAUGAUGGUGUCUCCAAGGGACCCUAAUUUAAAGUUUGACCUUACUCCAGCUUUCAUUCAGGACAAUUGGAUGAAUGAUACAGAUUGUUAUUUGGAUAAAGAGCUUUCAUUGGAAAUGGGGGGCUUGGAACUUGUUCCUCAUACUUAUGUUCCUGAUUUAAUUUCUGGCCUAGAUGAUUUUUCAUUAUUGCCAGAAUAUACUGAUAUUGGAUAGGAUUAACAUAAUGAUAUUUUUUUCAUAUCAGAGUUGAAGCUUUUAUGACGUUUAGGGAGCAGAGCUUCUCACUGCAAACAUGCCCUGAUUGGUUGAUACCCAAAAAUGGAGCAUGUUUUCAUGUUCCUGGGACAUGGUGGAUGAAUACAGCAUAGAUUACAAACAAGGGGAGGGCAUGAUUCAGUUGUUGGUUUAGAUGCCAGAAAAAUUAUGUUUUACUGAGAAUCUGAUAUGACAGCACCGGGCAGAUAGGAGGUAGGAAAAUAGAAAUUGUAUCAUAUUUUUUCUUUCGUUAAAUUUAAUUCUUAUUGGGAUGUGCCAAAUAUUCUGAGGCUUGGAUUAGCAGAUCGAAUUUUGGCUUGUUUCCCACAAUAGAAAUGAAUUAGGAUAGGGAAAAGAAAAUGGAAAUUAAUGAAAAGUGGCGUUAUUCCCCUCUAUCUGUUUCUGUCUGUCUCUCUCUCAUAUGAGCAUAUGAAUGUUUCUUUUAACAGUUUUCUUUUGUUUCAUGAAAGCUACGACACGAUGUUAUUUG